CUAUCCGGCCUAAUCACAAUAUUGCCUACACUUCUCCACACUGCAGCGAUAUCCUACUGCUUUAUUGCUGUUCACUGAAGAUAUAUCCUUCCCCAAAAAUGGCUACUGCUCUUCUUUCUUCCCCAUACCCACCCCUCCUACGCUCCAUUUCUCCUUCCCCGAUAUCGUUGUUUCAAUCGUCUGGAAGAUGGCAUAUUCGAACUAGGAACAUGAACACAUUUCCAAUAACCAGUCUAACGGAAACCAACCGAAGGAGAAAUUUGGUAUUUGCAGUCAAUCAAGACACAGAGGAAGCUUUUAAAAAGACAGUGGAAGUUGAUAGACUUAUAGACAUGUUAAAAGAUGCAACAGAUCAAGAACUGCAAAAGCUUGUUGUAGAAAAUAUUCUUGCUUUCAAUGAAGGUUUCUGGAUACGGCUUGCAGCUAGAACAGACACCUGCAAAUCAGAAGAUGAUAAAAAAGAUUAUGAAGAACUGGCUUCAUCUGUCAUGAGCAUAGUUGAUCGUGUUGUACACAAGACCAAUGAAAAAAUAGAGUCGGCUACUGAUGUUCUCAAGGACAUCUUAAAACCAGUAGUUGAUGACGUGGAAGAGAUUUGUUGGCCUCCCCGCGAUCCUAACGCCCUCAAUCUCAUGGAAAAAGAAGUAAACCAAAGGGAGCAGGAAGGACAGCUGGACGAGGGGUUUUUAUCAGAAGUCAACGCACAACUCCGACAGGCAAAGGAAGAUAGAGACAAGCCAGGUCUUGAAGCAAUGUUGCAAAAAGUUUUACAACUUUAUGCAUCAAGAGUCCUCUCGAAACGUAGUUAUGCCAUGAAAGGCAAUAAAGUUUUAAAAGCCGAACAAUGUCUUGAGGAAAUCAUCAAAGCUCCGGAGUCAGAAUGGAAUAAUUUGUUGAUCAAUCAUUUGUCUCUUUUUAAAGGCGAUAUCUCACCGGAUGAACUUUAUGCGGUUAUAAAGAAACGAAUCGAAAGGACACUAAUUCGAACGGAGGGAGGUUCGUAUCAGCAACGUAUACUUGUUGAGUUUUUGAAAGGCAUUCAGUCAAGAGCAGAGGAGAUGGCCCGAUAAAUCAAUACAUACACGUGCUAAUUAUAUGUUCAUAAAUUAUAAUUUGUAAUUUUUAUUAUUCGGCUACAAUUUAUUCAGAUUUUUGUUAUGAUAACUUAAAUCAUGAGUUUGAAUAAAUAAAUUAAUACGG